AUGGAGAGCAGAGAGCGGAAAGUCACUGGGAUUGCAGUGCUGUCCAGAGUCGUGCAGCCCUGCGACACAGGCUCUGAUCUCCCUGCUCGCUGCACCGAGGCGCUCGCCGCGGAGCCCCGCUCCCCAUCCUACCUUCUCCUUCGUCUCAUUGUUGUCCUGGCUGCUGUGGCUCUCGCUUGCCCUCCAGGAGCGCGGUGGCGAGCCCACUCGCACCCCCCUGCACUCUCCCGGGGUCCCGAGAGCAUCCGCUCGCAGGGAGGUCGCAUUUUAGACAUCCCUUGCAAAGUGUGUGGGGACCGCAGCUCCGGGAAACACUACGGGGUUUACGCCUGCGAUGGGUGCUCGGGAUUUUUCAAGCGGAGCAUCAGGAGGAAUAGGACCUAUGUGUGCAAAUCGGGAAAUCAGGGAGGCUGCCCGGUGGACAAGACGCACAGGAACCAGUGCCGGGCCUGCCGGCUGAAGAAGUGCUUGGAGGUCAACAUGAACAAAGACGCAGUGCAGCAUGAGCGAGGCCCCCGGACGUCGACGAUACGGAAGCAGGUGGCCCUCUACUUCCGUGGGCACAAGGAGGAAAGCGGCGGCGCCCCGCACUUCCCUGCUGCCGCCCUGCCAGCACCUGCCUUCUUCCCCGCCGUUUCCCAGCUGGAGCCCCACGGCCUGGAGCUGGCUGCCGUCGCCGGCACCCCUGAGAGGCAGGCUCUGGUGGGCCUGGCGCAGCCCACCCCAAAGUACCCACAUGAAGUCAAUGGUACCCCUAUGUAUCUCUACGAAGUGGCCACCGAAUCCGUCUGUGAGUCAGCAGCCAGACUCCUGUUCAUGAGCAUCAAGUGGGCCAAGAGUGUUCCAGCCUUCUCCACCUUGUCCUUACAAGACCAGCUGAUGCUUUUGGAAGAUGCUUGGAGAGAACUGUUUGUUCUAGGAAUAGCACAAUGGGCCAUUCCAGUUGAUGCUAACACUCUACUGGCUGUAUCUGGCAUGAAUGGUGACAAUACAGAUUCUCAGAAGCUGAAUAAAAUUAUUUCAGAAAUACAGGCUUUACAGGAGGUUGUGGCUAGAUUUAGACAACUUCGGCUAGAUGCUACCGAAUUUGCCUGUCUCAAAUGCAUUGUCACUUUUAAAGCUGUGCCUACACACAGUGGUUCCGAACUGAGGAGUUUCCGAAACGCUGCCGCCAUAGCAGCCCUUCAAGAUGAAGCCCAGCUCACUCUGAACAGCUACAUUCAUACCAGGUACCCCACACAACCCUGUCGUUUUGGAAAACUUUUAUUGCUUUUACCAGCUUUACGUUCGAUUAGUCCAUCUACGAUAGAAGAAGUGUUUUUCAAAAAGACCAUUGGGAAUGUACCAAUUACAAGACUGCUUUCAGAUAUGUACAAAUCCAGCGACAUAUAAAUUACCUUAAAAUAAACAGUCAGGAUGGACAGUUUGAGAAGAACUUUUAUCUGUGGAGAAUAAGCCUCAACUAACAAAAUCUACAGGAAGCAUAAGCCUGGGAAUGUUUAGCCUUUAAACUCAUUGACAAAAAAUACCCCAGUAGAUAUGAUUCUGCUGCUCUGAACAGAGUGAUUUAGAUCAUGGAGAGAAUGCUUUGUUCUACAGAAAAAGUGAAAGUGCUUGGAAUUUGGCUGCUAUUCCUGUUACUACAGGAUGGAGGCAAUUCAGAUGCCAGUCAUAGUUAACAAAGACUGCGCUAUUCUCUCAUUUAACUGGCAGAUCUGAGAAAAAAUGUGAAAGAAGGUACUUUAGUUUGUUCGGUAUUUGGAACCGGGUGACCAAACUUGGCUUCUGUUGUAACAUGAGAUGAGGUGGCCUUCAGAACUGUUUUAAAAGUAGCCUACGUUGGGAAAAUGUUUGUAAUAUGAUAGGCGACAUUUAAGACCAGGUUACCAAAACAUUGCUUCUGCUAUAAUACAUCAUGAAGUGGCCUUCAGAACUGAUUAAAAAGUAGCUUAUGACGGCAGCUCCAUUCUUCCUGCAAAAAGAACUGGUGAUCUUUGAUGCGGAUGUCACCACAGUUCGUUCGGUUAACAUCUCAAAGACAGAAGAGCUUUAUACACUUCCUCCCCGACCUUCCCUCCUUCUUCUUCCACGCAGGCAGACACACAUUUACAUUCACACCUGAAAAGAUACAAGUCAAGAAAGGAAGACUAAAACAGCAAAACCAAAUACAAUGGAGAUGACCGCGUCAGUGACCUGCUGGCUGUCCCGUUGGCACAGUGCUGAAACCAAAGGCAACGGUGGCCAAACUCUUUGUCAAUGAGAUGUGCAGAGAAGUGAAAUGACUAUUAAAAAAAAAAUAAAAUCAAUGGAAGGAAUUUCAUUUCAAAGAAAUAAGGGUUGUUGACUGAUACAAUGCUAACAAUUUCCAAAAGUCUCCAAUGCCUUUUUAGAAAACUCCAGGUUCUAAUUUUGAAGCCUUGUUCGCGUACACCCUCUCACACACAAAAAACGUUAUAAGCUGCUUAUUUGAUGUAUGAAAAAUGUAGAAAAAACAUUUAAAGAUAGCUGCUGUACUUUUCAAAAUUUGAUUUGUUAUUAGGAACUAGCACUGAGAAAAAUCAGCACUUGGACUAUCAUAGAAUGAGUAAAACUUUUCCUGUACAAAGUGGAUUAACUGAUUUGUGAAGUUAAAAAGUUGUACUCAUUGUAUUUACAAAGAAUAAAAAUAUAUUGAAUUUAAAUUACUUUCCACUGUUCUUUUAAUGCUUGUCCUUCUAUUUCUGGAUUAGUUUCUUCCAUUGUACCACGCUUACCAGGGAACAGAAAUAUUCUCUACUAUAAUGGAUUGCCUUGGAUGCUGUGGAGUCCCCAUCAUCAGAGGUUUUAAAAAACAGGCUAGACAAACAUUCAAGAAAUAGCUUCGGUGAUCCUGCCUUGGGGCAAAGGGACUUUGAGGUCCUGCAUAGAGCUGUUUUCUGUAAUUCAAAUAUACAUCUGCUGUAAGGUUUCCUUCUCAAGGAGCCGACGCAGAGC